GUGUUGAUUGAGAUUGAAAAAGAAUCACUGUUUCCAUUGAAAGCUCUGUUUCUUUUAGCCUCACUCUGCUGUGAUUAAAAGGGUCAAAAAAUUUCUCAGGAUUGGUUUUCAAAAAGUGAAAAGCACUGAGUAAUUAGACUACUCAUGCUUUGGUACGCGUGCUCUGAUGCAAAAGCAAGCCCUUGUUUGUUGAUCAAGAGUAUAGAAACCCCACUUGUUUAGGUUGGUGGAUAUAUUAGAUUUUCAUUGCCUAUUUUUUAGGAGAAGCCCCAUAAGGUAAAAAUGGGGUAUUGUGAGAGAUGGGGUUUUGGUAAUUUCACAUUUCUUGGAUGAAGCUUUGAGUUUCUUGAAGUGGGGUUUUGGUAAAAUUGUGGGUUUGGAUGUAGAGAUGCAGUUUUAAAAGUUGGGAAUUUGAGGUCUCAUUUCUUGGUUGAAGCUUUUGGAGAUCAGCUCAAGUAAAAGUUGAUAAAUGGGUUCUGUUGAAGAAAGGGCUAAAUCAGCUGGGUUAAUUAGUGGAGCACAUAGUAUUAUUGAGGAUAUCAAAGUGUUGAAAGAAAUGCACCAGGAUCAUUCUGGCCAUAAGAAGCACAUAAGCUCCGAGUUAUGGCAUGCAUGUGCAGGGCCUUUGGUAACAUUGCCUCAGGUUGGAAGCCUUGUGUAUUAUUUUCCGCAAGGUCACAGUGAGCAGGUGGCCGUUUCCACAAAUAGAACAGCAACUUCACAAAUUCCAAACUAUCCCAAUCUACCAUCUCAGUUACUUUGCCAAGUUCACAAUGUUACGAUGCAUGCUGACAAGGAGACUGAUGAGAUAUAUGCCCAGAUGAGCCUCCAACCAGUAAACUCUGAAAAAGAUGUCUACCCUGUACCAGAUUUUGGUAUAAAGGGCAGUAAGCAUCCUGGUGAGUUCUUCUGCAAAACUCUGACUGCAAGUGAUACUAGUACCCAUGGUGGCUUUUCAGUGCCUCGCAGGGCAGCGGAAAAGCUCUUUCCCCAAUUGGACUACUCGAUGCAGCCUCCAACUCAAGAGCUUGUUGUCCGUGACUUGCAUGAUAACACAUGGACAUUUCGCCAUAUCUAUCGCGGCCAGCCAAAGCGGCACCUCCUCACAACCGGUUGGAGCAUGUUUGUAAGUGCUAAAAAGCUUGCAGCAGGUGAUUCUGUCCUAUUUAUCAGAGACGAAAAAUCACAACUAUUACUUGGAGUAAGGCGUGCAAGUCGUCAGCAAAAAGCUCUGCCAUCAUCAGUUCUGUCUGCGGACAGCAUGCACAUUGGAAUUCUUGCUGCAGCAGCUCACGCUGCUGCCAAUGGGAGUCAAUUUACAGUCUUCUACAAUCCAAGGGCGUGUCCGUCAGAAUUUGUAGUUCCUUUAGCGAAGUAUCGAAAAUCAGUCUACAGUACCCUAAUGUCAAAAGGUACGAGGUUUGGAAUGAUGUUUGAAACAGAGGAUUCCGGAAAACGCAGAUACAUGGGCACCAUUGUUGGUAUAAGUGAUUUAGAUCCAGUAAGAUGGCCAGGUUCAAAGUGGCGUAAUCUUCAGGUAGAAUGGGAUGAGCCUGUCUCUCGUGAUAAACAAAACAGAGUUAGUCCCUGGGAAACUGAAACUCUUGAAAGUCUCUUCAUUUUUCCCUCGCUAACAUCAGGUCUGAAGCGUCCGGCGCAGUCUGCCUUUUGGGGUAGUCAGAAUGAGUGGGAAGAAAUGAUGCAUAGACCAUUUGUUCGUGGUAAUGACAAUCUGAAUGCAGAGUUUCCUAAUCCAGUAAUGUCUAGCGUGUGGUCUGAACAACUGAUCAAGACGUUAUUAAAACCUCAGAAUUCUAACUGUCCAGGAUCCAUUGCACAUGUCCAGCAAGAUUCUAGUGCUAAUGGAUUUAAUCUACAAGGGGCCAAGACUUGGCUACAGGGAAUGGUCAAUCAAAAAGCUCCUCCAAUAGCUUCAGAACACAAGCACACACAAACAGAAGACCCCUCUCAGUGUCAGCGCAUCAAUCCUAUUUCUGCUGAACCAAACUUAUUACAGUCAGACAUGCCAUUAAAAUUGGAACCUCAAAAUGUAUGUGGAAACCAAGCACAGCAGAGGAGUGAGAGUGGGUUGACAAAAGGGGAACCUGAAUUUGCAUCAGGUCAGUUGAGCCAAUAUACUUAUAGUGGACAGUGCAAUGAAGAGAAGCAAGUUUCAAGAGCUACAAAUCCCCAAAAUGUUGGUAACAGCGUUUUGCCUAUUAACCAAAGCCAUGAUUCACCACAAUUUCAGUCAAGCCCGUGGUUAAUUCAAGCACAUAUGGAUCCAAUACAGUCUUCACAGGCAGAUGCUUCGAACCUCAGUUCUUUAAUUCCCUACCCUGAUGCUAAUGACUGGAAUUCAAGUCCUUUUAACUGCCAACCCGUUGCUGGGUUUAUCAAACCUCCUGGACCUGGUUUGCUCACGGAUGCGACUGAUCCAGUUUUACCUUCAAUGGGCCAUGAAGUAUGGGACCAUCGUAUGAGUAAUAUAGAAUCUUUAGCGGAGACACGUCUGUAUGAUAUGUUACCUCAGGAAGAUUCAUGUAAACGUCAUUGCUCAACCAACUCUUUUGGUCUGAAAGAUAUAUCAGAUGAGAGCAAUAAACCAUCUGAAUUCUAUCAUUGUUUAAACUUUGAGAACAGCAAUGGUGGAAGCACUGUGGUUGAUCCUUCAGUUUCAAGCACGGCGAUUGAUGACUUUUGUUCACUGAAGGAUGGUGAACUUCAAAAUCAGUCGGAUUACCUAGUCAGCAAUUUCAGUUCAUGUCAGGAUAUGCAGUCGCAAAUUAUGUCAGCCAGCCUAGCAGAAUCUCAUGUUUUCUCUCUGCAAGAAUUUCCUGAUAGCUCAGGAGGUGCAUCUUCAAGCAAUACAGAGUUUACUGACAGCGGUCUUUUGCCGAAUGCUUCAUGGCAACAGGUGGCUCCAAGGGUGCGUACUUACACAAAGAUCCAAAAGGCAGGUUCAGUUGGUAGGUCAAUUGAUGUCUCGAGUUUUAGGAACUACGAUGAGCUUUGCUCUGAAAUUGAACGCAUGUUUGGACUCGAGGGACUGCUCAAUGACUCAAAAGGUUCUGGUUGGAAACUGGUGUAUGUGGACUAUGAAAAUGACGUACUUCUUGUGGGUGAUGAUCCUUGGGAGGAAUUUGUGGGGUGUGUCCGCAGUAUUCGAAUCCUAUCACCUUCUGAAGUUCAGCAGAUGGGUGAAGAAGGAAUGCAACUUCUCAAUAGUGCUGCAGCUUCGCUACUAUAAAUGCUUAUGUUUAUAACCUAAAGAAUCCCUGUGAAAACAGGGACGAAAAGCCAGAAAGUGACAGAAGUAUUGUUCGCAAGGAGUGUCAUGCGGUAGCUUUCUUUUUAGCUUGUAUCAUGUAAAAUUGUAAUGUGAUGUUUUUUUUUUUUUGCUUUUUUAUUUCGGAUAUUACUCUAAAGCAGCAAGAAAUACAUUUGAGGUUUUAAAGGUCUUUAGGACGAGAUAAUAUAAUCUUGGACAUAUUUAAGCUCAAGUUGAAAUGUAUUGAAAUUUGGUUGAUAAGCUUAUGAAAACUCAGUUGUUUAUUGUA